AUGACACGACGCACACGGUUAUUCACGCCUUUACUGGCGCUGACACAUGCCACGUCUGGCGCGUGGGCUGGCAAGAAAAUGUUCAACAUCCACGAUGACUUACUAGCACAUCCCCAGUACCAAGUCCGAUUCCCAGACGACUACGUUCUCGAGUCACAAGCAGAUGAACUGCUAAGAGCACAGCACGCUUCAGCAUACGCCGGCGCAAAUGUCGAACAGAAACAAGCACAAGUCUACAUGUCGGGCUCGAAUAAAGCAAAUCGCGACGGUGAAGAUGGCGAAGCCCCGGAAUUCUCCUACGAAGCGAUGAACCUCGACGGACAGCGAUUCCUUUGCGAAAUACCACGGGUGGACCUUGACAAUCGUAACCAGACCAAAGCGAACGAGCCGAACGAAGACGAAGAAAAAAGGGAAUUGGCACGCGCAACAGAUCGUGGGUUAGAGCUGCUCCGCGAAUUGGAAGGGAAAUGCAUGUACUACGUUUCUGGAUGGUGGUCCUAUUCGCUUUGCUACAAGAGGCAGAUCAAGCAGUUCCAUGCUCUGCCGGCUGGAGGUGGCAUCCCUAGCUACCCACCUAUGGAGGACCCAACGACUCAUUCAUUCGUCCUGGGUAGAUUCCCCCGGAAAGAUGACCGGAGUGAUAUCGACGAAGAACCGAUGCAGAAGAGAACGGCAACGGACGUGGCGGAGCUCCAGACGAAAGGAGGGUCGCGGUACCUGGUCCAGAAGCUCGAAGGUGGGACUGUUUGCGAUCUAACAGGCAAGAGCCGGAAGAUUGAGAUCCAGUUCCAUUGCCACCCCCAGUCAACAGACCGGAUCGGAUGGAUCAAGGAGCUCACUACCUGCUCCUACCUAAUGGUCGUCUAUACCCCGCGUCUGUGCAAUGAUGUCGCGUUCCUGCCCCCACAACAGGAUGAAGUCUAUCCGGUCGAUUGCCACGAGAUUCUAGCUCACAAAGAAGUUGCUGACUGGGAAGCAAUGAGAGAGUACCAAUUAUCCCAGAAGCUAGUGGAAUCGGGAAUCCCGUUAUCCGAUAUUCCUAUCGUCGGAGAUAUCGAGGUUGGCGCCCAGAAGUUGGUCGGGGCAGAAGGCAAACGAAUCGAAAAGGGGCGAGUGGCGUCCGUCGGCGAAGAGAAAGUGGACAUAGUGGCCAAGCGCGAGAACGGCAAAGUGCAGGUGUUGUCCAAAAAUGAGCUCAAAAAGUAUGACCUGGAUCCGGACAAAAUUGAAACGCUGAAGAGACACCUGGAAAAGGAGGCCAAAGGCCGAGACUGGACCUUGGAAAUGGUCGAGGUCAAUGGUGAGCGUGGGUUACGCGGGGUUAUCGAGUCGGAUGAGGAAGAAGAAGAUGGCUCUGCACAGGUGCCCGACGAGUCUGAACAGAUUGAGACUCCUGCUGCGAAGGACGACGAGAAGAGUCAGAAGGGUCAGAAGCAGCCUGAACCCGAGCCUGCUGCUGAAGUCGGGAACUCCAACGAACCGGAAGAUUCGCCUGGAGAAGCAGAACAAGGCAGUGAGGAAGUUUUCUUUAGAGAUGAGCUAUGA